AUGUGUAUGUAUAUAAGUAUGUAUGCAAGUAACUACGUACGUACGUAUGUUUGUACCAACAUAGUAGUAAACCGUCAGUUCGAACCUUGAACCGUGAACUUUGACAUUUACUUACUUAAAAAUGGAGCAAAGUUUACGUCUCGAAAGAUUGGCAGUUCUUUCUAGUGCCUGAGAAGCUGCUAGAACAUUCAAGCACUGGUUGUUCAUUUGUUGUCGAUACAAAAAUUCUGUUACUUCUGGAACCGACAAUACCUUCCUUGGACUUCUGGCGAGUUCAGUUUCCUCAGAAAACUUUGAAAUCAUUUCAGAAUAUACUACGUUCGAUUCUGCUUUAGCUGCUUUGAAGGAUGCCUUUAUUAAGCCAGUCAAUUCGGUUGUCGCCAGACAUAGACUGUCUACUCGAAAACAAUUGCCCAAUGAAUCGAUAGAUAAAAAUGUGCGUUCUCUUCAAAACCUUAGUCUGGAUUCUGAUUUUAUGAGUGUUUCUGCCGAAAUUUACAGAAACGAUAACGUUCGAGAUUCAUUUAUUACCAGAAUUUCAUCUCAAAGUAUUCCAACUAGACUCCUUGAAAAUAAAUCGCUUACUCUGACUACGGCAAUCAAUCAGGCACACACCUCGGAAAUUGGUAAUAUCAACUCACAAAUUUACGAUUCUAUAUCAACCUCUACUAAUCUCCAGGUAGCUACAGCGAAACAAAGUGAAGAAAUGAUGAAGUCGUCUUCAGGUGUAGAAGGGUGUGAAAGGUUAGAUGAAACUAGUGCAGCGACUAGUAAUACAUCAAAACGUUGGACCUACUGUUACGGGUGUGGAAGUAUAUCAAAACAUGAGCAUAUGAAAUGUCGAGCUCGAAAUGCUGAAUGUAGGAAAUGCAAGAAGAUUGGUCAUUAUUCAAAGAAAAGAAAUGUAUGAUGAUUCGGUGAAGUUUGCCAAAGUACUGAUGAAACUAGGAAUUAAAAAAGGAGAGAAGAUUGCAUUUUGCGCUCCUAACUGUGUGGAAUGGAUGAGCUACGAUGUUGGAAUCAUGAUGACGGGAGCAUAUUCUAUGAGAUUAAUGUUUGGAUUAGCAGAUAUGAAAUCUGUUAUAGAAGGUUGUAGUGCCGUAGUAUUUGGUUCUAAAUCUAUUUGGGACAGUUUCUUAUCUAUUGCACAAAUAAACGAUAAUGGAAAAGUAUCUAGCGAAGUGUGUCCCAAUUUGAGAUUUGCUAUUGAUGUGUCCAAUACACAUGGACCAGCAAAUGCUUUAUCUGCUGCUAAAUUGAUGGCAGAGGUAAGUGACGAUGUCGCAGUUGAAUUUCCUUACAUUGACCCAGAAGAUAUUGCAGUAAUCAAUCAGACUUCUGGAACCACAGGUGUACCUAAACGUAUCUGUCACAGCCAUUUCAACAUUAUAAAUUUACCAGAUGAGUGUUUUAGUAGCACUAGUAUUUCUCCUGUUGAUGUAGCAUUUAGCGGUCGACCAAUGGGAUAUAUUGGAGGAUAUCCUUUGCUGCUCUUAACCAAGGGAGCCAAACACGUCACUGGAGAUGUAGGAAUGUUGAACGAUACGAAGAAUUUCGAUUUUGUAGUAAAUCUAUGGCAGCAAGAGAAAUGUACUAUUGUGGGUGUUGCACCACAGGACUUGAAACGACUUGGGAAUCGUGGAUUUCGUGUAAAGACGGUACUAUCCGGUGGAGAUAUGCUUACACAUGAUGCAAUAGAGCAUUCUUUUAAAAUUGCAGAUGAAUUUGUAAUUGCUUAUGGAACCACUGAAGCUUUGAUUAUAUCCAGUAGAUUCUUUACUCCAGAAAACAUUUCACAACAUCGACAGGGAAUGCUGGGUCUACCGUUUAAGGGGACAGAAAUCAAAAUUGUUGACGAGGAGAAGAGAGUUGUGGAUAUUGGAAAGGCAGGCUAUUUAUAUUUUCGAAGUAAGUGGACGACGAAAACAUUUCUUGAUGGUACCUCGUGUCUAGAAAAAGGAUGGUAUUCAACGUCAGAUAUUUGUUACUUAACUGAAGAUGGUGACAUCAUAAUGAUUGGAAGAAGUACAGAUUUUAUCAAAAAGUGUACGGUAAAGUUAUCAAUUAAACUUAUUGAAGAUUAUGUCGAACGUCAGCCGAGUGUAGAUGCUGUGGUUGUUGUACCAAUCCCUGACGAGGAGGUUGGUGAACGUGUGUGCGCAUGUGUUACCAUUCUACCAGAUCACGACUUCAAUGAAGACGAAUUGAAAACGUUUUGUACAGAAACAAUGCCACAGCCAAAAAGCUUUGAUUGUGUAUCGAUGCAUCCCGAUUAUAUAUUAUAUUUUCCGUCUUUUCCGACGUUGGCUAGUGGUAAGUUUGACAGGAAGGCUAUAACAACUUUGGCUCUUAAAAAAGUUAAAGAUUCUAAAAAUAAUUAAUACCAAUUUAAGAUUUUCAAACUAAUAUAUAUUUCUAUAAAACGUGCAUUAAAGUAUCAAACGUAAUUUGACACUGCAUGAGAGACAAAAUUUAAAAAGUAACAUUUAAUCUUUAUUAUUAAACAGUGGAUGUUUCGGUUGUAUUUUUUUUUUUUUUUAACUUCUGCUUGGUUAUAUUUUAUAAAAUGAAAAUUUGGAU